CUCAGCAGUCACCUCCUGCCUGUGCGCGGCCGGCGGCCGGCCAUGCGGGGGGCGCGAGGCGGGCAGCCGGGCCCUGGCCCAGGGCGGCCAUGCGGGGAUGGCGGCUGGCAGCCACGGGGCAGAGCGGUGACAGGGACGGUCCCAGCACGGCGGGGGACAGCGGGGCGCCGCAGCACUCCCGGUUCUGUGCCAGACCCCCGUGGAGGCCAGCGAGAGACCAUUGUGCACAGCAGUAAGAAGCCAAGAUGCUGCUUCAGGAAAGGAUCCCCGCUCGGGACAGAUGACAGAGCACCACGGAUAAGGGUUCCCCGCUGAAGCGUGAGCCAUGCAGUAGGAGCCAGCGCUUCCCACCGAGGAGUGACCUGGUCCGUGCCGCACAGCCCAGCAGGCAGCAGGAGGGGACAGGACAUGCCCCGAUUCAGCUGCCUCCUCUCGGGACUCGCCUUCAUCCUCAGCACGACCAGCACGGAGGGUUUUGCCCGGGCAGGCCGCAGGGCCUGCGCCGCCGAGCCGCGGAGCCGCACGGCCGCCUACACCGAGUCCCACGUGCAGCCCGUCUACCAGCCCUACCUCACCACCUGCCAGGGCCACCGCCUCUGCAGCACCUACAGGACCAUCUACAAGGUUGCCUACCGGCAGGUGUACAGGCAGGUGCCCCAGCACGUGGCUUCAUGCUGUCCUGGCUGGAGCAGAGCCAGCAGCCACACGCUCAGCUGCAACACAGCUCUCUGCCAGGUGCCGUGCCAAAACGGUGGCCACUGCGCCUUCCCUGGCCGCUGCUCCUGCCCGCCCGGCUGGACGGGGCUCUCCUGCCAGACAGAUGUGGACGAGUGUGCCAGCCGGAGCCACAGCUGCAGUCAGCUCUGCGUCAACACGGCCGGGAGCUUCCGCUGCGCCUGCCGGGACGGCUUCAGCCUCGCUGCUGACCACAAGGCGUGCCAGCCCGCCGGGCUGGGCCCCGGGCCAGGAACCUUCAGCCAAGCAGGCCCCUCCAAUGAAAUGAAGGAAGAAAUGAAAGACCUGAAGAGCAGAGUGGAAGCGCUGGAGGAGAAACUCCAGCUGGUGCUGGCCCCCUUCCACAACCUCGUGACAUCUGAGCCCGAGGACGUCGGCGCGGACCCCAUCAGCCGGCUGUCCCACUCCCUGCAGCAACUGGACAGAAUCGACUCGCUGAGCGAGCAGAUCUCCUUCCUCGAGGAGCGGCUGGAGACGUGUUCCUGCAAGAACGAACUCUAGCUGAGCGCCUGAGGAACUGGAAGAAGCGGAGCGCAUCCGUAGCUUUUAUCUCACUCUCCAGCCACGGGCUGGGGCUGAAGCUACAUCAUCCACAGGAAGAUACAGGGUAGCAGGAGAAGGCUGGUUCCCCAUCAGCAUCUCCGGCGUUUUCUCUUGCAGCUCACCUUACCGAAGGUCACGCAGUUCCUUCCAAACUGGACUCCUAACCCUCGAGCAUCCCACCCCACUGCUGCUGGAGGGGCAGACAAUAAAAGCCUUACCUCGUGCCGUUCAUGGUGCCUGGCUGGCUCUACGUGA